UGCCACACGCGCCAGCGAUAGGUAUUUUUCAUUCAACUCGUUUAGAAGAAAUAUUUAAGAAAUCCGCCGCUACAAUGAUAUCGCGUCCUCGUGCCUUACUCUGGCACAAGGGCAGGCGGUUCUGGCGUUUUCGCUUCUUAGUUCCUAAGAUAAAGGGGAAGGGGCAGAAGUCUCACUGGAAGGAGUUUAUCGAGGAUAUAAGUGUCUUACAAUGGGUGAUUUCAUUUCUGUUAUUGGGAGUGUCCUGUCUAUUAUUGAUGGUCUACUUGAUGUUCACCUCUCUGUGGCCCCUCCCCACACUCUACUUCGCCUGGCAGAUCUACGAUUGGUACACACCUGAAAGAGGUGGCAGGCAAACAAAGUUUGUGAGAGGCUGGGAAGUAUGGAGACACUUCCGAGACUACUUCCCUGUGAAGCUUGUGAAGACUGCUGAGCUGAGUCCCAACAAGAACUAUAUUCUGGGCUGCCAUCCUCAUGGUAUCAUGUGUGUGGGAGCCUUCUCAUGUUUCAGUACAAACUGUAGUGGAUUCACUGAGACUUUUCCUGGAGUGCGCAAUACUCUUGCAAUCUUGGCCGGACUUUUCCGCCUUCCCCUCUUAAGAGAAUAUAUUUUGUGUGCAGGUCUGUUGCCUGUCAGUAAGCAGAGUUUAGAUUAUGUGCUGAGCCGUACUGGUGUGGGCAAUGCUUUGGUCAUCAUCAUUGGAGGGGCAGAGGAAUCACUUGCCUCAUCUCCUGGAGUAAAUACCGUAGUCAUGAGACAGAGGAAAGGCUUUGUUCGACUGGCCCUUGAACAUGGGGCUGACCUGGUUCCUGUAUACUCUUUCGGUGAGAAUGAGCUUUUCCAGCAGGUGGUUCUACCUGAGGGCAGUGUGGGUCGAAGGCUGCAGGCUCUUUUUAAACAGGUUAUGGGUUUUGCUCCAUGUCUCUUCACUGGGGAACGAUGGCUUCUUCUGCCCUACAGGAGUCCCGUCACCACUGUUGUGGGCCAUCCCAUUACCGUGCCACAGGUUCGCAGUCCAUCUCAGGAACAGGUGGAUUAUUUCCACCGUUUAUACAUGGAGGCUCUCUCUAAACUUUUCCACACACAUAAGACCAGCUGCGGACUGGCGGACACACACGAGCUACGCAUUAUCUAGAAA